AUGACUUCUACGAGUACUCAUGGACACAACAGUGGCGGUCAAUACGAUCAGAGCCUGCUGGCCGAGGCUCCAAAGGCUACAAAGCAGAUGCGGCAGGAAGGCUACAACCCCGACAUCCUGAAGAAGAACGAAAAUGCAAAUCGAGAUUUGGAACGAGGACUAGGUACAGGUGCAUCAAAAGAACGACUGGCAGGAACUUCCACCCCCCGGCCCUCCCUAACGCCCACGCCCACGCCUCGUUCGCCACCGUUUUAUCGUACAAAGAAAGGAGUGAUCGUCAUCGUCAUUGCAACGCUCGUCGUGCUUGGGGCUGUUAUUGGAGGUGCCGUUGGGGGGACUAGGAACCGGCAUCGUGAGGAUGAGGCUAAGGGUGCAGCUCCUGGUAUAGGCAAAGCUGGUGGUGACUCUGGAGAUAAUGGGAUUGGGGCUGGUAGUCCUGGUGGUCCUCCGGGAGGAGGAGGAGGGAUCGCACCUAAUUCGACGUCGGUUCAGGAUCCGGCUGGUGCUAUCACCUCACUACUGGAAUCGCACUCGCCCUCGAAGACCACGACGAGUCGUAUUGGAGUACCGACUCGUGGUGAUAACGGUAUUGCCUCUGUUCCGGGUUCGAUUGUGAAACUGGUUGGUGCGCCGCCUCUGUAG